AUGGUCAGCCAAGCACCCAAGGUCCCUGUAUGUGCCACGUGCAAGCAAGAGGGCCAUGCCAGAAGCAACACCCCAAAGUGCCGUUUCUAUAAGCCACUCUGGAGCUCUACCUUGCCUGGCUGUGGCCCAAACGAGCAAGUCAAGGCCGACUACUCCACCGUCAAGUGCACCCUCGACGCCAUCAUCAAGAACGAUGCCUUGCACGACAAGAUCGAGGAGACUGUCCGAGCCAUGACACACGUGCAGUACGAAGCAUCUCGUCUCCUGGAGCUGCAUCUCAGGCGGUGCUUGGACGAGGGCAUCACCCUCCCCACCGUGUCAUCAACUACACCUUCACAGGAACAGUGGGUGUCAGGACGAACACCCCGGAAGAUGACAGGCACCUCCUCGACACAUAUGAGCUGUAUCGACGUGCAUGGGGAAAGUCGUGUAUCCUGCCUCCUGUGUCCCUCCCAAAGGGUACUGGCUCACAGGUCCUUGGUUUGGCUGUCAAGACCUAUGCAGUCAACUGUGAGACCCACGUUCUCGAUCGGUAUUGGUCUCUCCUCCGUCGAUUCUGCAACCUGGCCCUGAUUGCUCCCAAGGAUGUGAAACGGCACACACACGUCGACGAUUGUAUGAAGCUGAUGGAGAAUCCCCUCUCCAAGACACUCCUCGUUGAUCUGAGAAAAUCCUUCGCCCACCAUGCCGAC